AUGGAAAAAAUGAACCUAAACAAGAAUAACCAUAACGGCGUGAAAGGUACCGUCAACAAGAAUGACUAUGUGCAACAGGUAAAUUCUGACCGUCAAGAAGCUACUGCUGCAAAACUAAGUUUACAUAUUGGUACUUCGAAUGUAAUAACACUUUUUAUGGCUGGUAAAUUUGAAAAUGUAAAGGUUGAAAUGGACAGAUUAAAUAUUGACAAAGUUGGCAUAUGUGAAACAAGAAAUGGACAGAUAUGCUCGGAAAAUUAUACAAUAUAUUACUCUGGUGGCGAAGAACACGCAAGAGGUGUAGCAAUAGUGAUUAAAAAGAUGAAAUAUAAACUAGGAUGCUGGACAUUAUCAGACAGAAUAAUGAUGAUUAAACUAAAAGGCAAACAAUUUGAUAUCAACAUAGUACAAGCUUAUGCACCAACAUCUGCAUCAAGCGAAGAAUUAACGACCUUCUAUGAACAACUGGAUAUGGCAUUUGAGAUAUGUAAAAGUCAAAAAAUAAAGAUUGUAAUAGCCGAUUUCAAUUCUAAAGUCGGAAAUAGCAAACAUAAAAUGGUAGUUGGUCCUUUUGGACUUGGAGAACGAAAUGAUCGAGGAGAAACAUAUGUUCAAUGGUGUGAGGAAAGAGAUCUAGCAAUCAUGGACACCUGGUUCAAACAUCAUAAAGGAAUGUUAUUUACCUGGAAAAGGCCUGGUGAUCAAAUCAGAAACCAGACUACAUAUGUAUCAAUCAAAGAUACAAGAUACAAGACAAUACCUAGUGCUUAUUGUAACAGUGACCACAUACUCCUUUAUGCUAAAAUAAAUUGUAGACUUAAAAAGAUUAAAAUCACAAGAAAAGAGCCAAAACUUGAUUUUAGUGUACUGAGAAACAACAGUGUAAUUGCAAACCAAUUCAUAAUAGAAGUCACAAAUAGAAUUAAUGUCUUGGAAAUUGAAGAAAACCAUGACGAGGACCCAUGUGAAAAUUGGAACCAACUAGAAAAGAUACUUAGAGAAAGCGCUAAUAAGAUCUUACCAAAAUGA